AUGAUCCAUGACUCGCUAGAUGAUUCAGAAGAAGACGGAAUAUCUGAUGAACUUGAAGCUGAUUCAGAUGAUGAUGAAACUUCUGAGGAGCUCGAGACUUCAGAUGAUGAUGAAAAUUCAGAUGAUGAUGAUUCAAUUGAAGAGCUUGACACUUCAGAUGAUGACGAAACCUCAGAUGAUGAGGAGGAUGAUUCAAUUGAAGAGCUCGAAGCUUCUGAAGAGCUUGAAACAUCUGAAGAAGAAGAUGAUUCAACUGAAGAUGAAACUUCUGAUGAAGAUGAUGAUUCAAUUGAGGAGCUUGAAGCUUCUGAUGAUGAUGAUUCGAUUGAAGAAGAACUUGGAAUUGAAGAGCUUGGAACUUCUGAAGGAAUAGAUGAAGAUUCUGAGCUCGAUGAAGUGAUAACUGAGCUUGAGCUUGAAGAUGAAGAAGAGCUUUCACUGGCAGGACAACUUGAGCCUGGAACAUUCACGAUUUCAGUGACAGUGCCAUCAUUACCAGUGGCAAAUGAAGUGGUAGCAGUACAUUCUGUGAAAGUGUAA